UUAACACGUUCAUAGGACACUUGCACAGAACUAUAUGAGAGAGAUAAAGGACACUGUUGUAGAACAGAAGGACCCAGGGAUACAAUUACAGAAUUCCCCGACGAUCGUGUCAGAGGAAAAAAAAAGUGAUUAUGGUAGAGAAGGAGCAGAAAAGAUUCACAGAGAUGUUGGGAUUGCAGUGAGAAGGAGAAAGCAAACAGGCUGGGACUUUUCCCUGGAAAGAAACACUGUAAUCCAGCCAUAUGCUGACAUUGCCUUGAUAAUUGAGAUAUGUCACAUGGUGCAGGAGAGACCUGUACAGAUGGUUGCUGGGAGAUGGAUCGAUACAAUGAGCUGAAACUUCUACUGAAGAAGUGGGAGACUUUAUUCUUUGAGGAACAUAAGCGUAAGCCAAAUAAGGUGGAUGUGGCCAGAGCUUCAGAAGAGACACAAGAAUUAUACAGCGAGUACAGGGCUAUAAAGAAAAGUAGAGAGAGUCUUGCUACAGAAAACCAUCAAAACGUACACUCGGAAUCUGUGAGUAAGCUCUCACAGGGCAGUAGCCAAGAUGAGAAGAAAGAAAAGACUGGUGGAUCUACUGUCUGGGGAUCACACCUAAAUCGGCAGAACAACCGUGUUCAGGAGCUUACGCUAAAGGAGCACAUAACCAUUGCCACAUCAGCCCAAUAUUAUGGAAUGAAACUGAAGGAGAAGCUUGGAACAUCAGGAAAAGAGAGGCCAGUCUCCCUACGUAAGUCAAUAGUUCCAAGAAGACCUCGCAUGUCCACAGAGAUUAAGGACAACAAAAUUGAUCAGGUUGUUGGAACAGAAGCUGCCACAUUUGAGGUGUCACCAAGUCUGCAGACUGCAAGCAAAGAUUCUCCUGAUGUGCCUGAAAAGCUUGAAUUACUGCUCCCAGCCAUGAAGAUGAUUGCUCCUUCAAAAAUUCUCCUAACUCAGACACAGUUCCCUCAGCCAGUGAAUAAAUUACGACAAUUGCAGCAGAGUGUAUCGAGAAGAAUGUCCUCGCUUGACAUUGACUGGUUAGACAGGUGCCAGGAGAGAACACAACUGGAUGCAGGGUUGCCCAUUUCGUCACAAGCCAGUGGGACAAACAGUGGGGGGUGUUAUCCUGUUUUGGGUCACAAGAAGACAUCAGCCAACAGCAAGUCCCUUUUCUUAAGUGACUCCACAGCAGAAGCCAGUGACACACCUCUGGACGUCAAUGACAGCAAUCAUUUGGCUAAUGGAGUGCAUCAAAAUGAUGAAUUUCCUCCAGUUAAUAGACAAUCAAAUCCAGUGAGCUACUUUUCUACAGUUGUUGAUGGAGCCGCUAAGUUAUUGAGCAAAGACCCUUUCAAAGAUGCCAUUGACUCUGGGCCUCAUGUAACUGGUCUUCAAAAACCUGCAGGAUCAGGAAAUGACUAUUUAAUGGAUGCUGCUUCUCACCAAAGAAAGCUUCCUGAAGUGAAAAUCCAAAAGCCAAUAGAAAGUGGGCUGGAGUGCCCAUUAAACGACGAUUCAGUGACCAUGGGGCAGAGAACUUCUUAUGCCCGAAAUUGCCCCCAGGACAUCAGUGACUCAGGCACUGAGUUAAAAGAGUUACAGACUGGCUGUGAGAGUGAACUGAACAAUAUAAAAACAAGAGGCAAAAAGAGACAGAGAACAGAGGCGAAACAGAGUGCUGGAGCUUGUCAGGGUGAGAUCAAGAAAGGUAGAAGGACAGCCAAGCGUUCAGGCACUUGCUCAGCUCUGACAAUAGAGAAGAGGCAAGCACUCAAAGUUGGUUCCAAGCCCGAGACAGAUGAAAGCCCUUGUGCCGAGGACGAUGGCAAAAGUAAACCAAAAUCUGGGAUUCCCCAGGAGAAUCUUUUCGGGGACGUAGAAGAGGGGAUCCUCCAUUCAGAAUCUCGAAGGAGCAAUGCAGCAAGGGUCACACCUCCUAAAAAGGAUGGAAACUUUGUGAAGAUCAACUUAAAGAAGAAAUCACACAUCAGGGGUGGGGUGUUAAGAGGAGCAUUUCUUCGCAAACAGGCCUGGAAGCAGAAAUUUCAGAUGAAAGGAGAACGUUUUGGUGGUGGCAGACGAUUAAAUCGGAAUGGGGACACGUGUUUCCGCUGUGGAGCAACAGGCCAUUGGGCAAAGGACUGCAGGGCUCAGGGGCGUAACACUGGGUUGAGAGCAACAUCCAAGGAGAAGGUGGAGACCUCUGACGUACUGGAUGAGGACAGUUCUCCACUGCCAACUCUCGAGGAAGUGGCUCGUAUGACAUCCACAACAGAAGGUAUCUCUGCUCUAGAGGAGCCAGCUGCUGAGGUGAUCUUGAACACCAUUUGUCCCUCAUUUGAACAGUCAGAAGCUCCACCAGCUGUGGAACCUUUGUACAGUCGAGGAGACGAUGGAAAUGUUAUAGCUUCUCUGCCAGAGGUUCAGGAUGCCCUUUUGGAGCUUGGGUACCAGUCUUUCAGACCAGGCCAGGAAUUAACCGUGAUGAGAAUUUUGUCAGGUCUUUCCACUUUGGUUGUACUUUCCACUGGAAUGGGGAAAUCACUUUGCUACCAGCUACCUGCAUACCUGUAUGCCAAGAGGUCAAGGUGCAUCACCUUGGUAAUUUCACCUCUUGUCUCACUUAUGGAUGACCAGAUAUCCGGGCUCCCUUCCAAAUUAAAGGCGGUUUGCAUUCACUCCGGUAUGACAAGAACACAGAGAGAUGCAGCUGUGGAAAAGGUGAAAGAGGGAAAGGUCCACAUUCUGUUGCUCUCCCCUGAAGCGCUUGUUGGGGGCGGCCAAGCUGGCUCAAGCUGUCUUCCACCUGCACGUGAUCUUCCCCCAGUGGCUUUUGCUUGUAUUGAUGAGGCACACUGUGUCUCUGAGUGGUCGCAUAACUUCAGGCCAUGCUACCUGCGUCUCUGUAAGGUACUGAAGGAACGUUUAGGGGUGAGGUGCCUCCUGGGACUGACAGCUACGGCCACACAAGCAACAGCCCGGAGCGUAGCUCAUCACCUCGGGAUCCAGGAGGCAGAAGGGUUAGCUGUACGCUCUGCUGAUGUACCAGCCAAUCUUUUCCUCAGCGUGUCUACGGACCGGGACAGAGACCAGGCCCUGGUGACUUUGAUCCGAGGUGAACGGUUUGCCUCCUUGGACUCCAUUAUUAUCUACUGUACUCGGCGGGAGGAGACGUCUCGCAUUGCUGCUCUGCUUCGGACCUGCCUUCAGGGAGUAACUCUGAAGGAGCCAUCCUCAGAACUGAAUAAGAAGGGUAGGAUGCCUGAAGAACUCAUAGCAGAAAGGAAGAAAGCAAUGGCCAGGAGGAAGGUGAGACAACCUUUAAAGUGGAUUGUCGAUUGCUAUCACGCUGGAAUGUCUGCAAGUGAGCGAAGGAGAAUCCAGAACAACUUCAUGAGCGGGCAGCUACGGAUUGUCGUGGCAACAGUGGCAUUUGGCAUGGGCUUGGAUAAGUCCGAUGUCCGAGGGAUCAUUCACUACAACAUGCCAAAGAGCUUUGAGAGCUACGUGCAGGAGAUCGGCCGGGCUGGGAGAGAUGGAAAACCAGCCCAUUGCCACCUUUUCCUUGAGCCAGAGGGCGGGGAUAUGAAUGAGCUCAGACGGCAUAUCUAUGCUGACACCGUGGAUUAUUAUACUGUCAAAAAACUGGUCCAGAAAGUAUUCCCUCCCUGCAAGUGCCGUGACAUCCACCAGAAACUGCAGGAUAUCAACAGCUGUGGGGAAAUUGCAGACGAUGAGAUGAUGGACAUCCCUGACCCAUCUGAUGAGGUGUUCCCUGAGGAAAGUAAGCCUUUCAAAGAAGAUGACAGGACUCUUCCAAGGAUCUGCCCCAAGCACGAGAGAGCAUUGCCGAUUCAGAAAACAGUGGAAAUGUUGGAUAUCCGGGAAGAAGGGAUUGAGACUUUGCUCUGCUACUUGGAGCUUCACCCCCAACGCUGGCUGGAAUUGAUCUACCCAACCUAUUCACACUGUCGCCUCACCUGUUACAAUGGACCCUUACAGCUCAGAGCCGUGGCAAGAAGGUGUCCUGCUGUGGCCGCGGCCCUUGCCAAAGCCCAGUUGUCCGGCAUCGAUCAUUCCCACUCCAGUUCAAUAGAGUUUGAUGUGGUGGAGCUGGCGGAUUCAAUGGGAUGGGAGCUGCUCACAGUCAAACGGGAACUGAGGCAACUACAGUGGAUGACUGAUUGCAGGAAAGGAAUUCCGGGCACUGGGAAGAGUGGAGUACUGGUGGAGUUCAGCGACCUUGCCUUCCACUUCCGGUCCUACGGAGAUCUCAACCACCAAGAACUGGAUAGGAUCUGUGAAUUCCUGCACCAGCGGGUUCUGUCCCACGAGAAGUCUGCCCUGCUCUGCCUCAAGGCUUCCUUCAAGUCUUUCCACAGUGUGGCCUGUAGGAACUGCGGUAUGUGUGCCGAUGCCAUUGACUUGGAGAAGAGUGCACAGUUAAAGCAGUUGCUGAAGGAUUACUUUGACCAAAACAACCAGGGUCAACUGGCUGCCUACCCAGAACUGGAGGAGGACAAUGACCUGGACAGGGUGAAGUUCAGCGACUGGGAGACUCACAUCCGUGCUGACAUCCGCCUGUUGCUGUCGCUUCGCCUCGACGAGAAGUUCUCGGGCAGAGCCAUCGCGAGGAUAUUUCAUGGGAUUGAGAGUCCCUGCUAUCCAGCUAAGGUUUAUGGACGGGAUCGAAGAUUCUGGCGAAAGUAUCUCAAAUUUGACUUCAAUCAAAUAAUACAGAUUGCAACAGAGGAAAUAAUUGCGAUGAAAUGUUGAGGGAUGCCCAUUGCAAAGGAUUCUGCAAUGUCUAACACCAUUACAGGCAGCUGCAGUGAGUGUCUAAAUGUAAAUGUUCUGCAAGUUUGGUGAGGGGUUUGGCAGCAGUCGACAGAGGUGAAAUUGGAGAGGUGGACACUUCCUUGCCCCUACUUUGUGGUAACUAACGAAUUGCGACAGUGGCUCCUGUUCACUUCAGUCUAUCCACCCACAAAAAAGACAAAGGAACAUCAGUGGAAGCAAGGCCCUAUUUAGUCACGAUGGAGCAGGAGGAGGGAUCCUCACAGAGUAGAAAUUGUCAAUGAGACUGGUUCCAUCCUGGCCUCCUGACUGAUGGUAACCAGUGAGAUGUGGUUCAGAUCGGGAGCUGAGGGGUAAAGCUAAUAUGGUAACAUCAGCACAGAGUUUAGGGGAAGCGUCCAGCAACAGCUCCCAGCAUCUGAUCAAAAUGUGUGUUGUAAUGGUGAAACCUGCUAUCACUGUGUAAUAGGCAGGAACUAUUAAAAAGAGGAAAACACAAGGAAAUGCAAGCUAAUUUUACUGCGAACAGAUCUUCCAUCUGAAGUACAGAUUCAAAUCAAAAACAUCAAAAAAAAACAUUCUACAUGUAGAAAUAUUUUACUUUUCUCAAUUUGGACAAAGUUAUUUUUAAUAAUCUCCUUUGAUCACAGUGACAUAUUUAAGAAUAAAGAGUUUUAAAAAGCCUCCUGAUCUCUCGCAACUUUGGUUAUUCAGUUGCCUCCUUCACUGUGGUAGCAGAGAGCCUGUAUGUGAAUAGAAGAAACAGCAGUGUCUGAAGACAGCUUGUGUUACAGUGGACUGUCAGCUAUUACAGUCACACUCUAUGUCCUUCUUUAUCUACAAAGCUCUUACGCCUUUGGUAAGAUAUCUCUCAAAAGAAACUUUUUGUAGCUUUUUAAAUAAAUUUUGCUAUGAUUGUUUUCUCUCUUUCAGCAAUAGUGCUCUUGGUCUUUGUGUCAGUAGCUUACAGUGCUUCCCUUCUGGAAUUUUAGAAUUGACUAAUUCCACCUUCCAAGCCUGUGGCUUACCCAAUCCUGUUUGCCCCCAACAAUUGAAGUGUUUGAAGCCUCUGGGCCUGUAUAGAAGAAUGAGGGGGAAUAUCAUUGAAAUCUAUAGAAUAUAGAAAGGCUUGGAUUGAGUGGAUGUGGAGAGGAUGGUUUCAAUAGACAAUAGGUGCAGAAGUAGACCAUUCGGCCCUUCAAGCCUGCACUGCCAUUCUGAGAUCAUGGCUGAUCAUCUACUAUCAAUACCCGGUUCCUGCCUUGUCCCCAUAUCCCUUGAUUCCCCUAUUCAUAAGAUACCUAUCUAGCUCCUUCUUGAAAGCAUCCAGACAAUUGGCCUCCAC